AUGCAGUUUGACCAUAUCGCAGAGGACCAGCUGGACAUCGUUUUCGCACAGUGGGUGAAGCAGGUACUUUCAAAAUCCCCCGAACAUCUUGCCAUGAAGCUAGCUGCGUCGCAUCUGGGCCGCAGAGCCAAGCAAGCGUGCCAAUGGAAGGCUGGUGGCUUCAAUGUGUGCUAUCGAGUCCAGUUUCACGAUGAUACACCUGAAGUUAUCGUUCGGUUCAGCUCCCUUGGACGAACAAUCUUCCGUGCCGAAAAAGUUGCUAACGAAGUUGCCGUCCUACGAUACCUCCGGAAGCACACCUCGAUUCCUGUCCCCGAGGUGUGCGGGUCUGGUAAGACGUGGACGGGUCCAUAUAUCGUUUUAACUUACAUUCAUGGCACCCCUCUCGCCAGCAUCCUCAAGGACCCCAAGGCCGAAGGACGGCCUAUACUGAACCCACAUAUCAGCCAGCGCGGCUUGCGGAGAGCUUACCAGGAGAUGGCUCAGCUUCUCCUCGAACUGUCCAAGCCUGAGUUCCCCAAGAUCGGCGCCCUAGUAGAAGGGCCGGACGGAGAAUUCAGGGUGUCCAGAAGGCCAUUUACAUUUAACAUGAACGAGCUAUCGACUUCUGCAAAUAUACCUCCUUACGCACUGCCAGACCCGAACGCCAUCUUUGAGUCAGCGGCUGACUACUUCAAGUCCCUUGCUACACAGCAUAUGCUGCACUUCCUUACCCAGCGGAACGACGCAAUCACCAACGAAGCUGACUGUCGCAAAAAAUUUGUGGCCCGCUGCCUCUUUAGUAAGGUUGUCGAACGCAUUCGGUUCCAUGAAGGAGUGUUCCGGCUCUACUGCGACGAUUUCCGCCCCUCAAACAUACUUGUGGACGUUGAAAAUAUCCGUAUUGCAGCAGCUAUAGAUUGGGAGUUUACCUAUGUAGCCCCUGCCGAGUUUAGCUAUGUGGCCCCGUGGUGGCUUCUGCUGCAGGCUCCUGAAGAUUGGGAAUCAGAUCUCACCGAGUUCCUGGCUCGCUAUACGCCUUGCUUUCAUCUUUUCUUGGAUGCUCUACGAGCGGCCGAGUCUGACAAGAUGUCCGAUGGCAGGCUGCAAGAAUCCCAAAGGCUAUCGCCGCAUAUGGAGAAGUCUUUGGAUAAUAAAUUAUUCUGGGUGUGCCUGGCAGCACGGUACAGCUCCAUGUUCGAUGAGAUAUACUGGACAUUCAUCGACGAAGCUUACUACGGGAAAUUCAUGUCUCUAGAAGAUCGACUGCAAUACCUGAGCCAGGAAGAGCACACCAAGCUAGACGCAACUUACCACAUCAAAGUCAAACAGGCAGAGGAUGGCAAAAUUGAUCCCCAUUACUCCCUUGAUGAUACCAUGGAGCUGUAA